AUGCCCGGAGGUUCUCCCCCGGCGUCCCCCACCAAGACUGUCACGUUCACCGCCCCCGCGGCGAGCUCUACCAGCGCGGGCUCCUGCUCUACUGGCGCCAUUCAGUGCUGCCACUCCGUGCAGAGCGCAAGCGACCCCGCCGCAUCGCUCCUUCUUGGCCUGCUCGGCAUCGUCGUCCAAGGUGUGGACGUCCUUGUGGGUCUCACCUGCUCUCCCAUCACCGUCAUCGGUGUCGGCGGCGGCGAGUGCUCGGCCACGGCUGUGUGCUGCCAGGACAACAGCCAUGGCGGCCUCAUCUCCGUCGGCUGUCUCCCCAUCAGCCUCUAA